GGUUCACCUUGACGGGAACACCGGGACGGCGGCAGGUGAGCGGCACCUGCCCGGGACCGCCGGCCGGGACCCCCCGGGACACCCCCGGGACCCCCGUGGAGGGGGGUGGGAGCAGCAGGAUGGCCGACAGCCACGGCUGGUGGAAGCUGACGUUCCUGAGGAAGCGCCAGGCAGCGCCCACCGUGCUCUACGAGACCCCCGACGGCCCCGCGGCCCCCGGCGGGGACCCCCAGGAGGGCACCGGCCCCGAGGGACCCCCCGGCUUCGCCGCCCGCCUGGAGAAGAUCGUGGACAAGAGCACCAAGGGGAAGCACGUCAAGGUCUCCCACUCGGGGCGCUUCAAGGAGAAGAAGAAAGUGAGGGCCACGCUGGCGGAGCACCCGAACCUCUGCGGGGCUGCCGAGAAGGAGGAGAAGUGACCCGGCGGGGAUGGCACCCGCCCGCCGCCCCGGGAAUGCCGAUCCCGGCAGGAGGCAGGACUCGGGAUGGGGUUUGUCCCAGGGAUGGAUAAUCACGGACCGUGGAUGGCUGAGCCCGACCCUCCCAGGCUGACUGGCUCGUCCUGGGAUGAGGACACUCCUCCAAAGCCCCCCCAGCUCUGCCCCCAGCGCAUUCCCAAUCCCGAGCCCCCCCUCGUCCCCCAGUCCCCGGGGGCUGCGUGGCAGAGCCACCCGCGCCGUGACCUGGCCAAGUCACCCCCAAAACGCGGGAUGUGACACUUCCCUGCCUCCACGGCGGGCUCCGGGGGGAGCCGCGUUCCUCAGGGAAUCGCUCCCUGCUGCUGGAAGGGGGGAGCCGACCCCGGGGGGCUCCCGGGGGUUGCUGGGGGCGUUGGGAGCUCCGGUACCUGCUGCUAAUUAAGUGCUGUUAAUAAACCAGGGAGAGCUCAGCACAUCCCCGGGCCCGGCCUGGCAGGGUGGGAGGGCUCGGGAUCCCUGCAGGACCCCCGUGGGAGCGGAGCCAUCCCGGGGAAUCCCUGACCCCGUGGAGCAGGGACACGGGGGGGUGCCCGGGGUGCCCUCCCUGCCCCGCAGGGCGCGGCUGUGCCCGAACUCCGCAGGCUCCAAGCUCUGACAAAAGCCCGGAGGGUGCCAAGUUCCCGAUUCCCGGCACGGGGGCAGUGCCAGGGCCACCCCCUCGGCAGUGUUUGCUCUCCACCUGCUCUUUGUCCCGGGAAGGGAGGGACGAGGCAGAGGAGGGAGGAGCCCGUGGGAUCGUUAACGCCCAUCCCGAGGGGAGCCUGGGCUCGGGUCCUGCUCCUCCUGCCGGGAAUUUGGAGGUCUCCAGAACCUUUGAAGGGGUUUUUUUGGGGGGGAGUGGAGGGUUUGAGGUCCUUCAGGUUUGGGGUUUUGGGGCUCCUUAGGGUGGUUUGAAGAUCUCCAGAUGAUUUUUAAGGGUGAUCUGAGAUUCUCCAGGGACUAUUCUGAGGGGUUUGGGGGCUAUUUAGGGGUGGUUUGAUGUUCUCCAGCUCCAUUUUGGGCUGGGUUUAGUGGUUUUUACCCCAUUUUGGGGUCCCUGACCCCUCUUUUCCCAGUGAUACCCACAUGGGGGAGCGACACCUCUUGGCACGAUCCAGAGGCUGGGAUGGCAAACACGGAGCAGGGAAGGUUAUCAGGGACUGGUUUCCCUGGGAUGUGACCUAGGGCCGGCAUUCCCGGCUGUUCCAGGAGAGCCCGGCCCCGUGUGGGUAAAAAUUAACCCAAAACCUCCGGGACAUCCGGCUGUCAUUUUUCCAAGCUCAGCUGGAGGAGGGGACAGGGCGAGGGUUGUGGAGGAUGAGGGGGGGUUCCCACAGUGCUGGGAC